GGACUCUGGGUGAGGAAUGAGAAUCACCGCGCGCCAACAUCAGAGGGCACAAGGCACGGCGAUCCACCAGCGCGCUCCUUCAGGUCCAGGACCCUGCGGGUUAAGAUCAACGAGAGCGAGCCUGCACCGUUUCCUAGAGAGGCUCGGGCCAAGCCGGGGAGGAUUUGUGAUCCCUAACCUGGCUGUGAUCACUGUGAUGGAGAAAGAACAAAAACUAUUGGUCUCAGAUUCUAAUGGCUUCAUGGAAAGGGAGAAUUUGAAAAGCCCUUUUACAGGAAAUGAAAGGAAGGAUAAUUUGGAAACCAUUCAACACAAUAACUGUAAAGGAGAUCAACUUAAAGGUGAUGAUUCCUAUGAGAACAAUGGCAACCCACAGAAUCAAGGAAAUUCAACAGGAAAAGAGGAGGAGAAACCCAGUCACUGGGGAUGGGAUCCAGAACACUGCAUUGCCUCUGUCCAGCAGAUCUCCUCUUUCAGAGACAAACCCUACAAAUGUUCCAAAUGUUGGAAAAGUUUCAAUAAUAGUUCUCAUUUGUGUACACACCAGAGGACCCACUCAGAAAAACCUUAUAAAUGCUCUGAGUGUGGGAAAUGCUUUAGUAACAGCUCUCACCUGAUUCAGCAUCUGAGAACACACACAGGAGAAAAGCCCUACCGGUGUGGAGAAUGUGGGAAAAGCUUCAGCAAUACCUCACAUCUUAUUAUUCAUGAAAGAACUCACACAGGAGAGAACUGUAAGUGUCCUGACUGUGGGAAGAGUUUCAGUAGCAGCUCUCACCUCAUUCAGCAUCAUAGGUCACAUACAGGUGAAAAACCAUAUGAAUGUCCUGUUUGUGGGAAAUGCUUCAGCCAUAGUUAUGUCCUAAUAGAACAUCAGAGGAUUCACACUGGAGAAAAGCCUUAUAAGUGCCCCAACUGUGGGAAAAGUUUUAGUCAGAGUUCCAGCCUGAUUUGCCACCAGCGGACACACACAGGUGAGAAGCCCUACAAAUGUCUUGAUGGAAAAAGCUUUGGUUGUAAUUCUACUCUAAUAAAGCAUGAGAGAAUACAUAUAGGAGAAAAACCCUAUCAAUGUACAGAAUGCGGAAAGAAAUUCAGUUGAAUAAGCCUUAUUACACACCAGAAAAUGCAUAUAGGAGUGAAACUCUAUGAAAGUUCUGAAUUUGAAGAAAAUUUGAGUCAAAAUGGCAGUAUGAUAGGAGAAUGCAGAAUCCAACCAGGAGAGAAGCCAUAUAAAUGUUGGGAAUGUGGAAAGAGCUUUGGCCUCAGCUCCCAUCUCAUUAGACAUCAGAGAACACAUACAGGAGACAAACCUUACAGAUGUUCUGAGUGUUGGAAAACUUUUAGUCAGAGUUCCACGUUGGUGAUUCAUCAAAGGACUCACACAGGAGAGAAACCUUAUAAAUGUCCUGAUUGUGGUGAAUGCUUCAGUCAAAGCUUUAACCUUAUCAGGCACCAGAGGACCCACCUAGGAAAACCUUAAAAAUGUACUGACUGUGAGAAAUGUUUCAACAGAAGUGCCUCCCAGCAUCGGAAAAUUCAUAUAGAAAAGCUUUUUGAGUCUCCUGAAGUUGAAGAUUUUCCUCAUAAAUGGACUUGGAAAAACUGUUUAGGGGGAAUGGCCCUCAUUUCUUCUUUUUCAGUUCCUGAUUUUUCUUCUUCUUAGUGCCAAAGCCUGUUUUCUUUCCCUUUUUUUUAUUGAACCAUGACAAUUAAGGUGUUCUCUGAUCAUGGUGCUAUGAAGUUUAGAGGAUGGGAAGGCCCAGAUCACCAGGUCAUUGGAUCUGCCCAGGGAGAGUACUGCCACAGAUGGAGAAGAUUUUAUUUUUUUAUUUUUAAGAAAGAUAGGAAUAGCUUCAAAGGAAUACAUGAGAAAUCCUGGGAAUGCAGACACCUGAGAGGUUGAAGCUGAGAUUGCCAUUGAAUUCCCUUAUUUCCUCAUGCCUGAUUUGGUGGCAAUAAAUCAUUACUACUCAGGGAUUUACUCAGAGAAAGAUUCUUUUUGAACAAAUAAUGUGAUUUCCUGGCUGUUUUGUUGUGUCUUAAAGAAAUGAGUCUUUUUUUAAAAAUGCAUUUUUAUUUGCUGAAAAUUAAUAUCUAGAACUGCAUUGUCCAAUGAUAGUUAUUUAAAUUUAAAUUUACAUUAAGAUCAAAAGAAACUUAAAAUCCACUUCCUUAUUUAUACUAGUCACAUAUGACUAGUGGCUGCUUUAUUGGAUAUCACAAAAAAGUUUUUCUUCCAAGGUCAUCGUUCUUGGCAGAUUCAUAAAAAUUUCCUAUAAGACUGUAUGAAAUGUGCUAUGGUGUUUCUGGUUUCUAAGAGGAAUUGCAAUAUAGUGUAGAAAUAGGCUAGAGUUUUGAAGGCACUGGGUCUAGAGAUUGGCUAUUCUAAUGAUUGUAUGUUUUAUGUUCAACCCAUCUUGGUUAUCUAGUGAUACACCGUUCAUUGUCUUGGCCAAAGCCAGAUUAGGAGGUAGGAUUCGUAAAUUUUGUUUUUAAAUUGUUGAUAAAUUGUCCAUUCCCCUCAGUUUUUCUAUUACAUGUUUUCUUGUCAGAUCAGAAACUGGGUUAUUUUUCUAAUAAUCCACCCACUGAGUCUGAGCCAGUGUGCAGGGACAGUUUGGCAUUGGAAACUGAGAUUCCUUAGUUCUAGUCUCUGCAGUUUUCUUUUGUCUCUUUCAUGUGGUGUAUAGAUCUGAUAACUCAGACCUGUUCUCCCUGCCCGUCUGUCCAAUAUGUUUGUAAAAUGUUAAGAUAUUUCCUAUACUCCCAGCCUCUAUUUUUUUCUGCCAGUGCAAAAGGUAGAUGUGUAGGAAGGUCAAGACUCCUGAGUUGUUGAGGAUUUUUUUUCAUUUUACAAUUCUAAGUGUAUCAUAUGCAGAACAUGUAGUUACAAAUUAGGAAUGCGGAGCUGCUGCAAAGGCUGAGAUCUGGCCAGUAACUGAACUGCAUGGGAUUAUUUCUUCUUUCAUGAUUGUAGUGUGCCUGAUAUUGGCGAGGUAAUCGUGUCUUUUUUUACUGUUACAAAAUUUUAAAGUAAUGCAAAAGCUAACCGAUAAAGGUAUUUAAGUAGUAUUUGGGGUGAUUUUCUGCUUUCAAACACUGGGAGAACUUUAUUGGGCAUCACUGGCUUUUAUGUGACCCUCACCUAAGCAUCUUUUUACCUUUGUAUAUUAUGUAGCAUUGCCCAAAUUGUCUUAACCUAUAAUACCUGAGGACAAGUGUUCAGAACUAAGAGUUUGAUGUUUGAAAAUUAAAUUUGGGUGUUUGCUGUUGGGGCUGAUAUUCAAUUUCAAGGCAGUAAUUGCUGUUGGGGUGGGGGGUGCCCAAUUAUGAGCCACAUUAAGUGUGGCAAGUAAGUACUCUGUCCCUGUUUUCUCAUCUGUAAAGCAGAGAUAAUGAGGACCUUGCAGGGCUUCUGUAAGGAUUAGAUAGAUGUUUGCAAAGCAGCUAGCACAGUGCUUAAAACGUAACAGGGUCUACAUAAGUUGUCAUUGAUCCUUAUUAAUUGAAACAAAUUGAAAAACGUCCUCCACGUAUUUUCUAAGUAGCAAUACAGCCGCAACUUGUUCUAUUGCAGAUUUUUUAUGACCAACCUCAGUAACACUGAGGAAUAAGUUAUGUAAAAGCACAAGACUGUGUUGUGUGUCACAUUGGCAGACUGUUAAAACACUUUUAUUUGAUUCAGAGUGUUGAAAAUUUUUAUUGUUCAUGAAACAAAAGACUCAGUUUUAAGUCAGGUAAGAGCAAAAUAGCAAGUUCAGUUUAAGUUAAUUUGUAACUGAAAAGCUUAACAACAGGUAGUUUAUGUCCUGUCAUCAUCAACUACACUAUUGCCCACAAUUACAUAAAACCUAUUUCAUAGACAUUGAUGUGUAUGGGAAUAUAGACAUUCAAAUUUUAGGUGUGUUAAGAUGGGCUUCAUUAGUAAAACAAUUUGUCAAGAUUCAUUGUCUCUUGGGAUUGAAAACUAGGAAAACAAAAGACAUUUGUUGUUUAUGGUGGAGAGCAUAACAUAGUGAAAUUUAACCAUAUUUGAUGCCUUUGCCUCUAUUUCAUUGAUCAGCAAAUACAUUCCUUGUUUAGCUCCCCAAGAAGUAUUUUUGUAUUCUCUAUUUCUCUUGCCGUCACAAAGGAUUCAGCAACUGAAUAAAUAAAGCAUUCUUACUUACAA